CCGAGACCACUCCAGCCUCCUCCCGGAACCCCCCGGUGCCCCUCAGCACUCCCAGCCAUGUCGGACAGCGAGGACAGCAACUUCUCGGAGGACGAGAGCGAGCGCAGCAGCGACGACGGCGACGACAACGAGGCUGAAGAGCAGCGCGGGGGGGGCAGCGGGAAGGAGGAGGCGGAGGAAGAGGAGGAGGAGGAGGAAGAAGAGGAGGAGGAAGAGUACGAUGAGGAGGAGGAGGAGGAAGACGACGAUCGCCCGGCCAAAAAACCGCGGCACGGGGGGUUCAUCCUGGAUGAGGCCGAUGUGGAUGAUGAGUACGAGGAUGAAGAUCAGUGGGAGGAUGGGGCCGAGGACAUUCUGGAGAAAGAGGAGAUCGAAGCUUCCAACAUUGACAACGUGGUGCUGGAUGAGGAUCGCUCGGGAGCGCGGCGGCUCCAGAACCUCUGGAGGGACCAACGAGAGGAAGAACUGGGCGAGUACUACAUGAAAAAAUACGCCAAAUCCUCGGUGGGGGAGACAGUUUACGGGGGCUCUGAUGAGCUGUCGGAUGACAUCACCCAGCAGCAGCUGCUGCCCGGUGUCAAGGACCCCAAUCUCUGGACGGUCAAGUGCAAGAUCGGCGAGGAGCGCGCCACGGCCGUCGCUCUCAUGCGCAAAUUCAUCGCUUACCAGUACACGGAGACG